CAGACGAGACCGGAAGAGCAGAGAUCGGGGCUGGCGAGAUAGAGCUCCGAUUGGACGGGAAGAACAUCGGCCCGGUCGCAGUUUGAUUUGAUAUCCCAGCGGCUGAUCGAUGGAGAUCUCGAACCUCCUGCUCGGAAGUGCGGGUCGACCUUUUGUAACAGAAGGUCUCGUUCCGUCUCAAUCCGAAGCAUUGGUCUCACGUUGACGAUCGAGUGAUCUGGCCUUGUGUGGACAGUGAGAUUACUGGUGUCAAAGAAUCGCAUGAUGAGUUCGGAUGCUGUAGCUAAUGGCGGGCAAGAAGGAAGAUCCGUUACAAAGAAACAUUCGUGUGAGCUCGAUCGAGGUCCUUCCGUGUUCCGAUUUGGCGCCCGAACGAGGAUUCUUCUUUCUUUGUUAGUCUCGUCGGCAAUGCCCGUGCAUAGAAUUUCUGAUCUCCUCAUGGAGCUUCUUCACAUUCGGCCUUAGACGGGCCGUGCGGGUCGUGAGCUGUUCGUGGUCGAAUUGGUGGCGUGGUCGAAACCUUGUCCAUGAGAGGGCCAUUCUCGUGACCACUGAAUGGUCCGGAGGAAUCGCGUGUGUUUUCAUCUGCACUUUCCUCGUGGCGGAAGAGAUGAACAUUCGUUCGUGAAUGCAAUUGUGACGUUCGUCUGCACACCACAGAACUCGCACGCCUAAGGGCAUGAGAGUAGAAUAGCCCUUAAACUGUUUGGAUGUAUCGCGGCUCACUACAUCUCGUGAACCGAAGUUUUUUGCCGUUUUCACUUCAGAAGAAGCUCAGAGAAUGUGCUCUUCCGACGAGUUGAACCUUGCCGGUCAUUUCCUUAGUACAGUCUCAAGCAUGAACGCACUCCAAGUUUCUUGCGGAACAAUACCUUCUCUGUGAUGUUCUCCGAAAAAGAAGUGCUGAAGACUUCUACGAAGCGCCCAUUGGCUCCCGUCCGGUGAAAUUUCAGGUGGCCCUGGUUUUCAGGCGCUAGAUAUGGGUUAUGGUGUCAGCUCCUUUAUCAUCAAGUGGGUUAACUUUCUCACACUGGGUGUUUCCUUCUGUGUUCUUGGAUUGGGCAUAUGGCUCUCCACAAAGCAUGGAGACUGCGACGAAUUUCUGACCGCGCCGGUCAUCAUAGUAGGAAUUUUUGUUUUUCUGAUAUCUUUGUUGGGUUUUGUGGGAUCUUGGAAGGAUAUCGCCUGGCUCUUAUGGAUCUACUUGGUUAUUAUGUUCUUUCUUCUUGCAGGUCUUGCUCUUUUCACAGCAUUUGCUUUUGUUAUUACCAACGAGGGAGCUGGCCGUGCUAUAAGCGGGCAAGGUUUUGAGGAAUACAGACUUGCUGACUAUUCUGGAUACAUCCGGAAACUUUUCAAUAAUCAUCAAAUUUGGAAACAUCUGCGAGCUUGCUUGUUGAAUCCCGACUAUUGCGCAGAAAUAGGCAGGACAUAUAGUUCAGUAGCUGAUCUUAAAAGUGGACAAUUGAACUCUAUCCAAUCGGGCUGUUGCCGUCCACCUUCGGAGUGCAAAUUCCCCAUGAUAAACGCAACGUAUUACGACUUAUCAAGCAGAUAUGUGCAAACCAAUUCGUCGUCGGUCUCUAUAGGCAAAUCGAAUGUUACCGGAAUUUCCGGUAACACAAGUUCCUUUCUGGGUUUCAAUCCCGUUCAACCAACACCUCCCUAUGGAGUUACUCCCACCGUUUUCACUCCACUAGCUCCCUGGGGUACCACUCCACAAGAUGAACCUCCGCCUCCCGGUGCUACACCAGAUGAACCUCCUCCUCCCGCCGGUGCCACACCAGAUGAACCUCCUCCUCCCGCCGGUGCCACUCCAGAUGAACCUCCUCCUCCCGGUGCUACACCAGAUGAACCUCCUCCUCCCGCCGGUGCCACACCAGAUGAACCUCCUCCUCCCGCCGGUGCCACACCAGAUGAACCACCUCCUCCUGCCGGUGCCACUCCAGAUGAACCUCCUCCUCCCGCUGGUUCCACUCCAGAUGAACCUCCUCCUCCCGCUGGUUCCACUCCACCAGAUGAACCUCCUCCUCCUGCCGGUGCUACACCAGAUGAACCUCCUCCUCCCGCCGGUGCCACACCAGAUGAACCUCCCCCUCCCGCCGGUGCUACACCAGAUGAACCUCCUCCUCCCGCAGGUGCCACUCCAGAUGAACCUCCUCCUCCCGCCGGUGCCACACCAGAUGAACCACCUCCUCCCGCCGGUGCUACACCAGAUGAACCUCCUCCUCCCGCCGGUGCCACACCAGAUGAACCACCUCCUCCUGCCGGUGCCACUCCUGAUGAACCUCCUCCUCCCGCUGGUUCCACUCCACCAGAUGAACCUCCUCCUCCUCCUGAUUCGACCCCACCUGAUGAACCACCUCCAGCUGGUGCCACCCCUGCUGCUCCAGUCGUCAAAUUCGCGGCUGUCUCCGGUUCCAGACAACCUCCACGAGCUCAACUGAAAGUCCGGAGGGUUAAAACCAUAAACGUUUCUUCAACACUCGUUCAACAUGACGCUGCUCCAUCUCCGAUUAAACACUACGAUGAUCCAGACUGCGUUAUUUAUCAGAACGAUCCAGAUACUAUGUGCUUCGAGUGUGAUUCCUGCAAGGCUGGGGUCGCGCAAUUUAUCAAAAAGGAUUGGCGCCUGGUUGCAAUAAUCAACAUUGCCGUUCUCUUAUUUCUUGUCGCGUUAUACACAGUCGGCUGCUGUGCACGACGCAACGCAUCACGAGCUCAGUACUCCAAAAACAAAAGAAGGCGUGAACUGGAGACUGAAAUUUUACAGCGAUCUAAACAGCACAUACCACAUGACGAGGAAAUGGGUAUAGAACCUGCAGUUCGGUGUUUUUCAACUACCUCUCCUGGAGAGCCCGAAGAUAUCGCUCCGGUGAGAUCGAUAUGUCCCAUGAAAGCCCCCUGGAGCAGACCUUCGCCUGUUUAUCAAACACCUCAUCGACCGGGCGCAAAGAGACGACGAACCAUUGCCAGAAGGCAUGGUAAGCAGAAGAUGGAAGCAAUGAAGCGACCUCGUAGUAGCUCGGCCGAGAGAGAGCAGCUGGAGCAUCAUCUGAUUCCGUUCGGAGCUGCUCGACGGGUGGUUACAGUCCUGGACUAUGAGGAAAGCGGAAGUCGGGAAGAAAAGCUCCAAGAGCAAUUCCCUCCAACUUUACCUACUGACUAUCCUUCAACUUCGAAAGGACAAGUUGCUCCAGCUUUACCCUCUGAUAUUCCUUCCACUUCCCAAGGACAAGUUGCUCCAGCACUACCCUCUGAUAUUCCUUCCACUUCCCAAGUUCCUCCUGCUGUACCGUCCACCAAUGCGUUACAAACCGAUAAUCCUUCCAUUUCAGUUGGACCCCCUGCACCAGCUCCAGCUCUCCGCGCAGAAACCGCGUCCACUUCGACUGCCGAUACGAAUAAAGCAGUAUUGUCUCCGCCGGAGAUAGAAAUCGAAAAGAAAUCGCCUCAAGAAACCGAAUCUACGAAGGGCAAAGGUAAAGCCCCGAAGGUACCAAACAAGAAGCGCAGAGUGAAGGUGCAAAGCUUGGAACCGGCUGAACUUGCUACCCCUCGGAGGAAACCUAGUCCGACUCCGGCUCCAGCAUCAGGAGUCUGGAGGUCGUUAGCUGCAUGCUGGGGAUCGAAAUCGCAGCCGGCGAUGCUUGGAAACGUCCCGUUCAGCAAGGAAGACAAGAAACGGCACUACAACGUGCUGUAUGAAGACACGCGAGGUGAUGGUCGACGGAGCUCUGCUUCAGCAGAUCGUAGACGAUCACGAUCACAAUCACGAUCCCCUUCUCGACUGUCAACUGAUGCUCACGCACAUGAUGGAAGGAGACGGUUCACGGAUGUCCACAACGUGGGAGAGCGAUCGGCUAAGGAUGAUUCGCCUCCUUAUGCCGACGUUCUAGUCGAGAUGAUAGAUGUGUCUGAAGACGAAAGUGUACCCGGAGAGCUGAAGGAUCCAGCGGAACUUCAUACUGAGUUGGAUGACGCCGGAAGGUUUGAAGUUUUAGAUGGCCAGACAAAGAUGCGCAGUCCGAAGACCGGACCGGAUGCAUCAAACACGUCCGGAAAAGGCCAAGGAAGACUUGAGACGGUAGAGAAUGUAGGCAAUGAGCAGCCUCACCUUGAGAGGACAGCCUCAACUGUAGAGGAUAGGAGGAUAGCAGAUAGUGUACAAUACGAUUUUGACGUGCGCAGGAGUAGUAGAGCAGAUUCUAACGUUUUGGAGACUUUAAAUGCCGAUCAGCUAGAAUCCCGAGAGUCCGGUGACGAUGAAGGUCGUACAGGAGGUGUUUCUCGAUAUGUCUUUGACCCACCCAGGAAAUUUUCACGUCAAUAAGAGGAGCCUCGCCCACAGUCUGCGGAGGAAUCUCAACGGAAGUUCGUCAUGCACCCCGGGGACGAUUGAAAAGGAUCUCAUCUUCAGUGUGGAGAGUCUCCGCUCAAGUCUUUUGGGGAACCUCGAACGAAGCCUGGAAAUCAACCGCCGCUCUGAAUUUUGUGUUUUCGGCCACGGUUGUUUGCAUGAACAACCGUAGCAGAAGAACCCGGUAGCAGUCUGAGGAGGAAACUCGAAGCCAGUGUGUAGAGGAAGGGCCGAUCAUUUCGGACAAAUUUGAAAGGGGAUAGAGUAAUGAUAGAAGUAGAAGGAAAGAAUGAUCCAAAGAAAGACAGAACGGAACAUGACUGGUGUCAAUUGUACUAACAGCUUAUUGUAAAAAUGUGUAUUAUGAAUGAAUUUCUUCAGUUGCCAAAUCACUAGCGAAUUAACCUUGGAUCCUAAGUGCAAGACUGUUUGAAAUGUCCAAUCGCAGUCACAACCAAAUGGAUCUCGAAAGAACACAAUAGUUCUUCCACCGCAAACUGUAGACUACUUCCCCAAGUGCUUUCAUCAUGAGUCGCAGCCAC